AUGUUCUUAGGGACACUCACUAAACCUAUCAAUAAGAUUGAAAGUAACGGUUUGGUCGAGUCAAAAUUAGAAUUGUCUGCGUUAUGGAGGACAUUGGUACUUAUAUGGAUAAACUGUUUAUGUUUUCAAAAUUUCAACAAUAUUGUCAUUUUUGUAAAAUGUAUAUGUAACACGAUCAUUGCUGAGGUAAAUAUUAAUAAUAAUUUAUUUUACUGUAAUUUUUUUUAAAAAUAUGUCUGAUGUUUUCAGUCAUCCAGACACGCAGAAGGGAAUUCUACGUUUCAAGGUGAACCAGCGGAGAACAUACACAAGAUUAAUGACGUUCUAGACAUCAUAAGUUAUUUCAAGUAAACCAAAUUAAUAGUUACUAUGUUAAUAAUAUUAAUGUAUUAUGUAGGUAAAUUAUGUAUGCUGCGGUAAUAUAUAAUCUUAAAAUGUUUUUUUCACAGAAAUCAAUUCAAAAUUGUUCAAAUGGAAUAUUUUUCUGAAAAAUUUGAAAAAUUCAAAUUGAAAAAUCCUGUAUUACGCAAUUUGAAACCACGUUAUUGGAACUUUCGUACUUGUGAUUUGUUUGAAAGGCUCGACGCAUUUGAGGAGAGGUUAAAUUGCCUCAAGGUGAGUGAGAAAUUAUACCAAGUACCCCUUGGGAAUUCUAUACUUGUACGUACUGAUUUUAAAAGUUAAGAUGCAUAAUAUUAUAUAAUUCAAUCAGAAAUAGUAAAACAUGGUUAUUCUUUCACAUUUUAGUAUAUAGUUAAAUGGUUAAACAUUCUAUUUUUUAAAUCCAUAGUAAAAAUAAAAUAUUUAUAAAAUAUUAUAAUUUAAUAGUAUUACUCCUAUCUUCUAGUCAACUAUAUGAAAACUAUAAUCAUUUUUCAAGUAGGUAUUUAUAGUUUAGGUAUUAUUUGUACUGCAGUUUUUUUAUAAACAAAAUAAAUUUUGUCGACGAUUCAAAAGUUUUAUUCCUAUUAUAUACACCGUACUUUGUGUUGUACGAUGUUUCACCGUUUUCGUGUUCAUUAAUAACUUUGUUCCAAUCUUAUUUAUUAUAUUAUACAUGAUUUUUGAAUCGUAUUACUGCAUUGACUAUGGUACAUGUAUACAUAAGUAGGUACAUCGUAAUAUUCAAUACAAUUAAAGUUUCAAUAAUAUUAUAUUAUUUGCAAAAAUCAAUUUCCCACAUAUUAUAAUUACCUGUAUAAAAAUGUAGUAUCUAUACUUACGAUAUAUUUAUUUUUAUUCUAUACAUUUCAGUCUAUGCUGCUUAACUUUAUCGAUUAUCAAAAAUUAGAAAAAAUCGAAGUGAGUGGACUCAUGAGCCGUAUGUAUACGCCAAUGCUCGAACGCGUGUUUCUUAGGUAUUCAAAGUACCUAGAGUUAAUGAGUUCCAUUGCGUAUGAUCCAUUGGACCUGUUUAACGAAGAGCCAAAUAAAUUAUUUCGGGAGAAUCAUAAUUACUAUGUAAACUUAUCAAAUGAUAUUGACCAUCGUUUAGCCACCCUGGCCAAAUCAUGUUACGAAAACAGUAACGAUUUAAUGACACUUCAUAAGGUAUACUUCCUAUAUCUUUCUAUAUUUAUGUAGAUGUUUUUAUGUGUACAAAAUAUUACGUUGACAGUCGAUUUGCGUACAUUAACCUGAGGUGCAAGGGCGCGACCCGUUUCACCCAUAUUAGAUCUUUACCAUUUCGCCCAAAUACCCGUUUCGUCCAAAUACAUUUUAAUAAUUUUAAAAUUAGGUUGGCAAUGGUUUUUUAAUAAUAAUGAAAUUAUAAUAUUAAAAAUUAUUUAAAAAAUCAUUACAAAAUAGAAAUUAUAAUUUUUUUAAAUGUCUAUACAUGCUUUUUACACUCAUACCAAGUUAUUUUUCAGAUCUAAAUAUGUAUAUAAAUGUAUAAGAUUUGAACUAUAUCCUUGUCGUUCUCUUAUUUUUUUUGUCUUAUUUUUAGUGGAGGGGGAGAAAAUUUCAACGCUACAAAUUUGUAUAAUAUAAUAAAAAACUAAUUUCUCAUAUACAUUUUUAAAUAAUUUUCUAUUUAUUUUAAUUAUUAUCAUUAUUCAAAAACAAUUACCAACUUGAUUUUAAAAUGUUUUUUGGCGAAAUGGGAAAGGUCAAAUUUGGACAAAACGGGUCCCAUCCGGGACCCGUUAUUAUAUAUACCCGUUAAUGGUUGGUUUAUAAUAUGCACGUACUGUGACUAUUUUCAGUUCUUAUUGGUGUUCGGUGUGGACUUGUUGGAAAAACCGAUCAUAGCAGAUUCCGUGAAAGAACACAAAGAAAAAAUAUUGAGCCUGCUGGAAACAGAAUUGACCUAUCAGUUGGUGAGCCAUCUCUUAUUUUUGGUAUUUAAAAUAUAGGUACGAUGUUUUAACCAAAACCGUAUUUGCCGUGGUUACUUGAUUUAUAGAAAAUCCUGGAUUCGAUGACCAGAACAAAGCUCACUAGUGAAGUUGAUAGGAAUGACUAUUAUGAGUCACGUUUCAUACCCGAAAAAAUGGACCUACGGUAUCCGCCGGUGGCCAGGAUAAUAAUAUGGGGCCACUCGCAGAAAAAUCGGUUAAUGGAAAAUGUCCUCUCAACACGGAGUUUAGAACUACCGUAAGCACAUCAUUAUCUCGGUAUUUUGGUUUUUUCGGUCAAAAUAGAGCUGGUACUGGAGAUAUACCUGGUAUAUGUUACUAGCAAUGUGAACGUGCCCGUGCAAUGUGAACGGCAGAUAUAAUACUAAAAAUAUAAUGGUCUAAUACUUAUCUACAUGUAUAUAGGUUGCCCCAAGAAGAUAUACCCCUUGAAAACCGAUGUUAGUUAGGGAAUAAGCUAAUGGUGUUCCGCGAUAACAUAGGUUUUCACACGGAUUAGUAGAAAUUUAAACGGUUGUUACUUUGAAACUAUUCAUCGGAUAAAAAUGUGUGAUACAUUAAAAUUUUCAUUAAAUAAUAAAAUACAUUUAUUUUUAAAUUGUUUACUAAAAAAUAAAUUUGAUGCAAAUAUAAAUAUUUGCAGCCCUCAUCCCUGUGAGUAGUAUAAAAAAAAAAAAACAGAAUUUGAUUAUCUUUAUUAUCUAAGGAGAUAUUCAAGGGGUACAAGGGGUAUUCAGACUGUACUGUUACGAUAAAAGUAAUAAUACCGGUAAAACCUAUGAUUUAUCGGUAAAUCCUAGGUUUUAUUUUUAAUUAAUUAAUUAUAUUAUUUUAGUUUAAUUUUUUUUUAUUUGUGUGCAACUUUUCUAUCUGAAAUCGCGCUCUAAUUUUUAAGUGUAGCAAUGUUUUUAAAAAGAAAAGUGUUGGGAGGUACUUUAGAGAGGUAAUCGAUUUUCUCAAGAAAUUUUUCAUCAAAUGAGAAAAACCGAAAUAGCAGAGGAAUAACGAGAAAAUUUACGAAAUAAAAUGUAGAUAUUGGUUAAAAAUAUUACGCCCUUCUUUUUUCCUGUGAACAAAUUUUCUACCAGCAAAUUUGCUCCAAUUUAUAAUGAUAGCACUUUUUCUGAAAUGAAAUCUAACAGGAAAAGUACUUUAAGGAGGUAAUUUUUCGAUUUUUCCAAAAGCUUUCCCAGAAAAUGUUUUUCAAAUUUUUCACCAGGAAAAACAUGAGAAAACUGAGAAAUACGAUAAGAUCGGUAAAACAUUAAAUAAAUAUUAUUAAAGAAAAUAUAUAAUACCUACUUAAUUAUUUUACUAUGAUAUGAUAUAUUUAUUGUUGACGAAGCAUCACUAUCAACUGAACUCCGCUCAGAAUCGUUUUUUCGUUAGCAAUGGUUUAUCGUUACUUCCAGGUAUAUAUUAAAUUAUUUAUAACAGUAGCUGCACNAUCCACCUCCUAUUUGAUGAACAACUUCCUGAAAAGCUUUUAUAAGAUUUUUUACUUCAACAUCUACAUUUUGACGAUAGGUUUUUAAGACACCUACUAAGAGUUUUUUUAAGCGACCUGCACAUGUGAAAACGUUCAAAAUUUUGCCUGUAGUGCAUUAACAAUAGGCUCUAAUAAAGAAUAAUUUUAUUUUUAUAUGUACACAAAGUAUACACGUAUUUUAAACCUAUGUAACCUAAACUAACCGAAUGUUUUAAACUAGCAGAGUUAUUUCCAUGAUAAGUAUGAAAAAAACAAAUUGUAUUUAAGCACGUGAAAUAUUCGCGUCUAUUCCUUCUCCAAUUUAAAAUUUCGUUAAAAUGUUAUAUUUUUUAGUUAAUAACAGAAAGGGGCACUUUCCCCUACACUGGUUACGUUCUUAAAUCCAUACAUAAAUAGGUACCUAUAAUAGAUAUGCUAUUAUGUUUACAAAUUAGAUUUAGUGUAUCCGGUUGAAAACGAAAAUGUUUUAUACGGAGAAGAAGUAGAAAACGAACAACAGCCUCUGCUUACAAAAAUAGAAGCAACAAUUAAAGCUAUUCAUAGUUUGACUAAGAGCGUUUACGAACGUUUAAUGCAAAUUAAAGACAACUUUAAAAAAAUAAAAAUACUGAGCAGUCAAUGGGAAAAUACACCAAUGUAUGUGCGUGAGAAGACCACGAAGCUUAUAAUGCUUGGCGACCGAUUGACCUACUUCAAAACCAAUAGGUACAAGGAAAUAGAUAAUGCUAGUUCGAAGAUACACCAAUUGCUCAAGGAAGACCUUUUGCUGUUUCACAAUGUACCUUUAGUGGACCCAAAUCGGGGUAAAUUAUAAAUUGGCUAAUAAGGUCGAUUUGCUGUUGACAUAUAAUAUUGGUUUUUUCAUACAAUAAUAAUAAAUACGUUGAGAAUACAAUCCCAGAAUUUUGGAAUUAAUUGGAACCAAUCCCAGGAUCUUCAUAAUAAUCCAGGGAUUUAACGGGACCACGAGAUUGUAUUCUUUAAAUUCUGUCUUGUAUUAUACAAUAUAUACCGUGCAUAUUAAAAUUUUUUUUUUAUUGUGCUACACAUUUUAGAAUAUGAUUACAACGAUGAAAUGGAUGUCGAAAUUGAAGAAGAAGUAGAAGAGGAAAGUGUAAAACCGAAGCUGUUAGAAGAAGAGCAAGAAGAAAUAAUAGACUCUGUUUUAGGAGAAUCUGUCAACGAAACGGAGUCUGUUUAUUUAAAUGAAGAAGAAAAUGCAGAGGAAGAAGAAAAACAGCUGUUAAACGACGAUCAAGACGAAGAAAUGAUGUUUGAUGAAAUGGGGGAAGAAGAAAUAAAAUUGAAUUACAUUGAUACUCAGGUAGAAAUAAUAUUAUCAGACCUAGGAAGAAAAUUAUUAUGGGAAGAAUAUAAAAAAUAUGUCGACGAUGCAGUUUUUGUGUGUUUACAAAAUGCUAUUCUAAUCAGGUAAUUGACAAAACUAUAAAAAAAACAUAAUAAAAUAUUAAAGUACUUCAAAAUAUGCACCAGUGCGUGUACAAGAAAUUAACUUUCAAAACUUUAAAUAGAUUAGGCUGGGCUAAUAUUGUGAGGAAUAUGGUCUAAACACUUUAAAUAAUACAUAUAUUUACAAUAUCUCUGCAUUUACUCGUAUAUAAAAAAACACUUCCAAUAUGUUUGUCCUAGAUGAUCUGGUAUGCUUUUUCUGUUUUAGAUUCGGAACGUGGCGAGGAAUAUAUUAACUUUAUAAUGAUGUUUAUUUAUAUUUUUUUUCUUUUAACUGUGAACAACUUUUCUACCAGAAAUCUUGCUCCGAUUUUCAAGUGUAGAACCUCUUUUGAAAGAAAAUUUAAUCUCGGUGGUCUAUUGAGAAAGUAAUUUCUUUUGGUUUUCCAAGCCCUUGGAAGCCUUUUCCCGAUAGAAAAAACCGUAAAAACCAGGAAAAACUGAGGAAUGUACGUACUUAUAAAAAAAAACUUCGCUCCCAAUCGUUUUUUGUUAGCAAUUGUUUAUCGUUGCGUACAGAUAUAAAUUAAAUUCUCCUUUAUAUCCUUCCUUCCCAACUUCUUAUCUACAGUGGGCCACCUAUUAUGCCAAGUAUGCCCGUCUUUUUAUAAUUAAUUUUUCAAAUAAAGGACAAUUUUAUAGAUUCAAUUAAAUACAUUUUAUAGAUCCAUAAUGUUUAAUUAUUUUCGUAUUGUUAUUAAUAUUAGAGGCGUAUAGGAACUAAACUAUACGCCAAUAAAUUUACCUAUUGCAAUUAAUGUUUGAUAAAUACUUAAGCUAAUGUUUUAUUUAUGUUUAGUCUAAAGUAUAUUCAUCAAGACUUAAAAAAUGUACAAGAAUGUACUGCAAUAUUUAUGGCUAUGUACGUUCUCAAUGAAAAGGGUCCAAUUUUUUCGCCCGAUUUCAAUAUUAAUAAUAGUCCUAAUUUCUAUGGAAUUAUUGAUUCCUUGCUUGAGGACAUAGUUGAAAUGGGAUUGCACAUGAAAAGAAUUGCUGAAGAUUAUCCACCGUACAAUGUAUGUAUAUUAGUAAUUAUAUUGUUAAAUUAAUUAUUUACUUAUGAUAAAAAAAAAAAAAAUGUAUUGUGAAUUUCACAUUACAGGUAGAUAUUAGAGAAAUAGGCGAAAUAAAGGAAUCGAUAUAUUCCAUACUUACCCAAGUAAAAAUUACAAUUACAAAAGUAAGAUUUAAGUAUAAUAGCUAUUUAUAAAAUAUACUUAGUAUAGAGGUAUUAUUGUAAUUGGUGGUUUCCCAUCACUAGUUUUCCCAUAAUUAAUUUGAAGUCUAUCUAUACACACAUUGCCUAAUAAAAAAACACCUUUUACAUAUAAUACCUAUAUUUAUUUGUUUGGCAUUGUUGAUUAAAUAAUUAAAUCUGUUAUAUUUAGGCCCUUGACUAUAUCGCUCAGUAUAAAACUUACUCUUCGGUAUGGCUUACUGAUAAAAACGACGCAUUGUCAUUGUUUUUAACAUAUGGCAAAGAUCUGACCGAUGAUGAAAUGAAUCUAC